GCACACGAGGACAGAGGAUAACUUUUAAUGCCAUGGAGUAUAUGUUGAAGUCUGUUAUGAUUCCAACAGUGAUCGUGAUUUCAUUCAUGAUGAUGAAUACUGUUGCCGUGACAACGGACAACCGUGUUAUUCUAAGUGGAGUGCUGGUUGGUUCGGCUCUGGCAGCGUCACAAUAUGGGAGCUACACGUUCAGUCCAUUAGAGUUUGCAGCUUUGACGACUUCUCUUCUUGUUUUGAACUAUCCUAGAAAACAGACGCAAACUAUGAAAGAAUUAUGUGACUCCCUUGGUCCUAAAGGAUACAUUUGGGAUGUAUCAUAUGAAAUUUGUUAUCAUCUAAACACCAUUGAGCUGAAUGCUGUGGACGCCAAGAGAAUAUGCAUGUCCGAGCAUCCAAACAGUCGACUCCUGUUGAUAAAUUCGGAUAAAACCUACAAUUUUGCAGUUUCAAUUAUCGACACCUUCAACACAGGACCGAUAUAUCUACAAGGAACCAGGUACGGUCCCAACUUUGUUGACGAUGACGGACAGGCUAUUACUUACUUUAGAUGGGAUUCAGGACAACCUACCAACAAUAACUACCUUCGCACCGAUACAGUUACACGUUUACAAGAGACAUCUUCGGGAACAAGACUUAACAAAUUCAUAUGUCGAUUGUAUUGAAAGGCAAGAUUCUUUCAGACAUAAAACACUACAAAUAAAA